UCCCCAGCAACCAGUGUCUCCUGUACCAGCAGAAGCUCCAUAACUCUCACUCACCGGCCUGCCUCUGCCGCGUCUUUGCCCACUGACCAGCCAUGAGACGGCAGCUCCGGUCCAGAAGGGCUCCGGCCUUUCCUUACGGUUAUCGCUACAGACUUGACGAUCAGGAUGAAGUGAACCAGAACUACUUAGCAGAUGAAGAGGAAGAAGCAGAAGAAGAGGCUCGGGUGAUGGUGGUACCCAAUUUGAAGGAGGAGGAGGAAGAAGAGGAGGAGAAAGAAAAGGAGGAAAAGGAGGAAGAGAGUCAGGGUCAGGAAACAAGCAAUGCCUGGUGGCAAAAAUUGCACAUUGUGAACGAAUACCUGUGGGAUCCGGAGAAAAGGAUGUCUCUGGCCCGAACAGGUCAGAGUUGGAGCCUGAUCUUAGUCAUUUACUUCUUCUUCUAUGCCUCCCUGGCUGCUGUGAUCACCCUCUGCAUGUACACACUAUUUCUGACCAUCACUCCUUACAUGCCAACCUUCACUGAGAGGGUGAAGCCUCCUGGAGUUAUGAUCAGACCCUUCGCCCACAGCCUUAACUUCAACUUCAACGUUUCUGAACCUGACACUUGGCAGCAUUAUGUGAUUAGCCUAAAUGGCUUUCUCCAGGGUUAUAAUGACAGUCUUCAAGAGGAAAUGAAUGUAGAUUGUCCUCCGGGCCAGUACUUCAUCCAAGAUGGUGAUGAGGAUGAGGACAAGAAAGCCUGCCAAUUUAAGCGCUCCUUCCUGAAGAACUGCUCUGGCCUGGAGGACCCUACUUUUGGCUACUCUACUGGACAGCCCUGCAUCCUUCUAAAGAUGAACCGGAUUGUUGGCUUUCGUCCUGAGCUUGGAGACCCUGUGAAGGUUUCUUGCAAAGUUCAGAGAGGUGAUGAAAAUGACAUCCGAUCCAUCAAUUACUACCCAGAGUCGGCUUCUUUUGACCUCCGCUACUACCCUUACUAUGGCAAACUGACUCAUGUUAACUACACCUCCCCGCUGGUGGCGAUGCACUUUACAGAUGUGGUAAAGAACCAAGCAGUGCCUGUGCAGUGCCAACUGAAGGGCAAAGGCAUCAUAAAUGAUGUCAUCAAUGAUCGUUUUGUGGGUAGGGUAAUCUUUACUCUGAACAUAGAAACCUAAGGACUUCAGGGAGCCACUCCCACCAGUUCUGUUUCUGUUCUAUUUCGUGUUACCCUGGUAGCACCUGAAUUCUUUUUCUGCCAUCGGGACACAGCCAAAUGGACACCUAAGAUAGCAGAUCAUCUUUCCUUGCUUUUGACAUAUGUAUAAAAUGACAUUGUGGGAGCUAUUUGAUUUUUUAAAGGUAGUCUCUCCUGAUGACAAAUAGAUUAUAUUAAUUUCCUUUCCCCCUGCUUAAAACUAAAACCCAUUGUUGCUGCUAGAAGUCUCGCUGUAGUGUAAACAUAGUAUCUGAUAAAAUUCACAAUAGUCAUAAAAGAGAAUUUCUAUAAUGAUUAUAAAUUCAUGUUUUCUAAAACUUUGUUGUUUUUAGAGAUGAGAUUCCUCCCAACCAGGCUGAUAACUAACCCUUUUUUUAAAACCUGCCUGGCAAGGUCUUUCCCUGAGAAUCACCAACCAGACCAAUCCAGAAUACACCUAGGGCCACCAUGCCUAGGGAACUCUAUAUCCAGAGGUGCCUGUGAAACUGGCUGCCUCACAUGGGCAACUAAAUACUGAUGCAAAGACUAGCUUAUCUUCAACUGGGACAGAAGUCAGUGAUAACUGGAUAUUGUUCUGAGAUAGACCAGAACAUGGACCUUCCCUAUGACUUUUUUGGGAGGUUAGGCCCACUGCAAUUGGGGAGAACACCUACCAUGUGGAUGUGACUGGUAUUUGAUUCCUUGCUUUGUGGUGUAAUCAUCCAAAGGCAAACAUUCCUGCAAAAAGAUUUGUCUCAGCUUCAGGCAGAGGAGAAAACAAAGAAGAUCUCUACCAGCUGAUUCUUAUUUGUUUGACAGUAGUAUGAUGUUCUUUGAGACUAUCAGAGAUGGAUGUAUUGACGCCCCCAAAACAGCUCAGGGGACGGAAAUGAGGGUCUCCCAAUUGAUGUGUGGUAAGACAGAAAGCCCCUGACAGGCCAUCUUAAAUCCAAGGCCCAUUAUCCAGCUUUUCAUUUGCUUAAGAAAUGAUAUGAGGCAGAUAUUUAUCCAGGCUGUGGAUCGGCCAGGCAGCUUGGUCUCAUCUUUGGCCAUGAGACUGUUGAAUUGCUCCUUAACACCUCCACCAGGGGGAGGGCUGGGACAAGGAGAAAAAGAGUAUCGGAGAAGAGCAGAGUGUCAGGGUCCAAAGCAAGCUUAAAUGCCACCUAGAAGUAUCCAGAGUCUGAAUCUCCUCUACUAUGUUCACCUGCUCCCAAAACAGGGAACGGAUCGUCUGGUAGUGAAGACAAACAAGAGAAGUAACUGCAACAUAGUAUGACAAGAGUUAUAAAACUAGUAUGUGGAAAUGCUAUGGAAACAUGAGGAAAAGUAACUUAAGAUGGGAAAGUAGCAGAGGGCAUUUCACAUGCAAAGUCACCAUCACGAAAGACCAUGGUGUGCUUGGGCAACUGUGAGCAGUUCAUGUAAAUGGAGCGUAAAGGGCUCAGAGCAAUGGCAGGGAGUGGCGGGGAUGGGGCUAGAAAGGUGUACAGGUACUGAAAGCAGACUCUGAGUUUUAUCCAGUAAGUGAAAAGGAGUCAUUAAAGCAUUUUAAGCAGGGAAGCUCCGUGAUCAUAUUUACAUUUUCAAAAGAGCACUUUGGCAGCCACGAUGUGA